AUGGCGCCUCUUCCAGUACUCAUAGCAAGAAGCAUGCUUCCAAAUUCUCCCCGGAGUAUUGGAGAUAAUACAAAUCAAGGACAAAAUAUAUCCGAGUCAGAAGGAUACCUUUCCCAAAAACUUGCAUUGACUUUUUCAACUGUCAGUGUUGCUUCUUCACUGCUAGCGUUUUAUUGGUUCGUGAGAAUGAGACGUUCAUUCAGACAUGAUCUUAUCAUGCUGUUAAUUCAAAGUGAUAUGUUCAAAGCUUUAUGGUUUAUGGUCUUUCCAAUCGUUGUCUUUCUACAUGGUCCUGUAGCAGAUAAUUCUAAAUUUUGUCAAAUUAGUGGAUUUUUUCUGGCUGUCGGUAUUGAAGCUUCAGGUUCGAUAUACUAUUCCGUGGGUAUAUCAACAUUCAUUAACUCGAGUACAGAUAUUUCAGUCCUGAUGGUUGCCGUACAUACCGCAUUAUAUAUUUUUAAACCUAAAUCCUCGGCUGGUGAAGGGGGUCUCUAUCCAUAUCGUAAGAUCGCAUACACCAUUUGGAUAUUGUUUCCGUUAUUAGCAGCAUCUCUUGCUUUUGUUAAUAAUCGUGAAGCUUAUGUUGCCCAAGGAACAUACUGUUAUUUACCAGUACGACCUUUUUGGUAUCAACUGGCUUUGGGUUGGAUUCCUCGCUACAUUAUUUUUGUCACAAUUCUCACUGUAUAUGCUUCGAUAUAUUACUAUGUUCGAUUUAGGUUCCGUGGAUUUGAGAAUACCCGUUCUCAAGAUAGUUUUGAUUCGACUGAAAGGACUCGACGAAGCCAUGUACGAAGGAGUAUACCGCCUCCACCUCUUUCUCUCAAUGGACUUACCAAUGAACCAAGACGCCCUGCCGCUAUAUAUAUUGCUGAAGGAAGGAAACGAUCGGCAUCAACUUUAAGUUCGAUUGCAAAUAUGAGGAACCACGCUCACAAAUUCAUGUGGACCUCAGUGUUCCACUCUCAUAAUCGAGCUCACUCCACAUCUCCUCCAUCCGAGAUUUCUACCGACUCAUAUGCUAGAGCCUCAACAUCACAACCCAUAUCAGAGAUGAUGACUACAGCACUCCCCAUGCCACAACAAACACACAAUCCAUUGCCCGCACCUCAGUUUCGAAGUACCUGGCGAGAUAGUUUUUCCCGACGAUUAUCUUUCGACUCAAAUAUUUCCUUCUACGUACCACCAACUGUUCUUCAGCAUCAAAUUCAAUCAGGAGAACGAGGAUCCUUUUACGAUAUGCAUCUUCCUAAUCCUAAUGGCCAAGGUUUCGCUGUAUCAGAAAUGAUACGUACUCGGGAAAAAAUCCGUCGCCAACUCCGUUUUCUCUUUAUCUACCCUUUAGUUUACUUAGGAAUGUGGCUCAUACCAUUUAUCUUUCACAUUCUUCAAUUCAACGAUCAUUUCGCAGUUAAUCCACCUUUUGCACUCAGUGCAUUAAGCACAGUCUUUAUUUGUGGACAGGGUGCAGUAGAUUGUUGGUUAUUUUCCACCCGAGAAAAACCAUGGAAACAUAUCCCCGGAACCAGCGGGAGUUUUUUCGGGAGUUUAAAGUUUUGGAUUAUUUUUGUAGGGAAAGGGAAGGAGAGACAGGGACAUGGACCAGGAAAGACGAGAAACGAAAUGGCUAGGGAGGCGAGACAGGCAUAUAAGAGAAGAGAUGAGGAGCUUGCGCAGAGGAGAUUCGAGGCGCAGGCGAGUAAUGGGUUGACGGUGGAUAGAGGGAGAAGUGCCAGGAGUUGGUGGGAUGUUGAGGGGGCAGAUGGAUUAGGAACUAUUGGAUUCGUGGCCGGAGUAACGGCCAUGUCGCCUGUGCAGGAGGAAUUUUCAAUUUCCAUGGAGGAACUCGAACAAGUGAGAUUGUCAUCGGAAGAGAAUCGAGAAAAGAGCAAAACGCCUGAUACGAACAUCGAGGAUUCCAGAAAUAACGAGAAAUGA